CACCAGUCAGGCUGAGACAUGCACGUUACCCGUAUUAGACAUAAGAUAUUUGCCAUGUCACUUCAGAAGUGGCCGCCCAUCGCCAUCGAUAUAAAUGUAUUAAACAGAGUCACAGUCACAGUUCUUCUUUCGGUCUUCAGUCGAUAGUAGGAAAUGACGCCACCUAGACCAGCGAGCAACCAGCGUUCGAAUGGGGAUUUUGAUGAAAGUUGUGUUUUCUGUCUGAUAGGGAGCGGUCAGGAUGCACACGCAGAAGUCAUUGGAAAGAAUGAUGAGCUGGUGUGCUUCAGAGACAUUUGCCCUGCUGCCCCUCAUCACUACCUGGUGGUACCAAGACAGCACAUACUCAGCUGCUUCUCACUCCAACCCCAACACAUUGGUCUUGUUGAGAAGAUGGCUGACAUGGGAAGAGCAGCACUCCAUGAUCAAGGGAUUACAAAUAUGAAGGAUAUAAGACUGGGGUUCCACAAACCCCCAUACACCUCAGUAGAUCACCUCCAUCUCCAUGUGCUAGCUCCUGCUAGCCAGAUCUCAGAUCGUUGGAUUCAUAAAUUCCGUCCAGGCACGCACAAAUUCGUUACAGAAGAAGAUCUGCGUAAUGUCUUACAAAAAACUAAUACAGUAACUGAAACAAGCGAGGGUUUGGGAAAUAUUUAUUUCUCCAGAUGAGCCUGGACUUCCAUGUCUGUAAUACCUCUGAAGUGUAGUAGUGUAAUAAGCAAUGGAUGAGUGCAGCAAACCAAAGAAUUUCGACUCUGAAACUGGCUGUGUAAUUUACAUUUUAGCAUCUUAAAAUGUAUUCAUUCUCAUGGGGUGUAUCUUUUAUCUCUAUUUUUCUCUGUAUAUUUUUUUCAUACCCUUUCUUUUAAUAAUUUUUAUUACAUGUCGACAAUAAAAUGUUUUGGGUAUA